AUGCAAAGGUUCACCACGGGGAAGUUUAGUUCAGGCAGUUCCGUGGCCACUCCGGCGGGUCCUGACUCACAUGCGCGUCAGAGGCAGGAGGCAACACGUUUCGUUGGACACACAGCGGCUCAUUGCUCUCACACUUUAGCCGUGUUGCCUCUGUCCUUUCACACUCCUCUCAGCACGUUGCUCCGCAGGCUGUUUUCCAGGGUCGUCUGCUGCACCGACAUGGGCAAGCGGAGCAGGCAGAGGCAGAGGAACCAGCCGGCCGCCAGAGACAGCAGGGACAACGCUGGCUGGGGAGCAGGCUAUGAUGACAUUAUCAAAGAAAACAAGCUGUUUGAGCACUACUACAAGGAGCUGGGCCUGGUGCCUGACGGAGAGUUUGACCAGUUUAUGGAAGCCAUGAGGGAGCCACUGCCGGCAACCAUCCGCAUCACUGGAUACAAGAGCCAUGCCAAGGAGAUCCUCCACUGUCUGAAGGAUAAAUACUUCAAGGAGAUUCAGGAGGUGGUGAUUGAUGGCCAGAAGAUAGAGGCUCCGCAGGCUCUGAGCUGGUAUCCUGACGAGCUGGCCUGGCACACCAACAUGAGCAGGAAGAUCAUCAGGAAAUCUCCCCUGCUGGAGAAAUUCCACCAGUUCCUGGUCAGCGAGACAGAGUCGGGUAACAUCAGUCGACAGGAAGCUGUCAGCAUGAUCCCUCCUCUCCUGCUGAAGAUUGAGCCUCACCAUAAGAUUCUGGAUAUGUGUGCUGCUCCGGGAUCAAAGACAGCUCAGCUGAUUGAGAUGCUCCAUGCUGACAUGGAUGUGCCAUUUCCAGAGGGCUUUGUGAUUGCCAACGAUGUUGACAACAAGCGCUGCUACCUGCUGGUGCACCAGGCCAAGCGGCUCAACAGCCCCUGCAUCAUGGUGGUCAACCAUGAUGCCUCCUGCAUCCCCACACUGCAUGUCGACUCAGACGGCAAGAAGGACAUCCUCUUCUACGACCGCAUCCUCUGUGACGUGCCCUGCAGCGGAGAUGGCACCAUGAGGAAGAACAUAGACGUGUGGAAGAAAUGGACAACCAGCAACAGCCUGCACCUCCACGGGCUCCAGCUGCGGAUCGCAGUGCGCGGUGUUGAACAGCUGGCUGUGGGAGGGAGGAUGGUGUAUUCCACCUGUUCACUCAACCCUAUAGAGGACGAAGCUGUCAUAGCAGCCCUGCUGGAGAAGAGCGAGGGAGCGUUGGAGCUGGCCGACGGCUCUGCUGAUCUGCCAGGACUCAAGUGGAUGCCUGGGGUCACUUCCUGGAAGCUGAUGACCAAGGAGGGCCAGUGGUACUCAGACUGGUCUGAGGUCCCCACCAGCCGUCACACACAGAUCCGCCCCACCAUGUUCCCGCCAAAAGACCCCCAGAAACUGGCCAGCCUGCAUCUGGAGAGAUGUAUGAGGAUUCUGCCACAUCACCAGAACACCGGAGGGUUUUUUGUGGCCGUCCUGGUGAAGAAAGCUCCCAUGCCUUGGAACAAAAGAUACCCCAAGCUGAGGAAGGACGUCUCCUCCAGCUCAGCGGCCCAGACAGGAGACUCUCCAGCGGCCGCGACUCCCACAGAAACCCCCCGCCUUGCUGAGACCACUGUGGAGGAGGUGGAGGGGGGGAAAGCGGAGGGGGAGGGUGCUGGAGACAAGACACCCAAAGGAGCCUCCCAGGCCCAGGAGACGCCUGCUAAGCAAGAUGGAGUGUGUGGGCCUCCUCCUUCUAAGAAGAUGAGGCUGUUUGGUUUUAAAGAAGACCCCUUUGUGUUUCUCUCCGAAGACGACCCCGUUUUCUCGCCCAUACAGACUUUCUAUGAUCUGUCUCCUGACUUCCCCAAGUUCAAUGUUCUGACCAGGACCCACGAGGGCAAAAAGAGACACUUGUACAUGGUGUCCAAAGAGCUCCGCAACGUGCUGCUCAACAACAGUGAACGCUUGAAGGUCAUCAACACGGGGGUGAAAGUGUGGUCUCGCAACAGCGAUGGAGAGGAGUUUGGCUGUGCCUUUAGACUGGCUCAGGAGGGUAUCUACACUCUCAACCCAUACAUUCGCUCCAGGAUGAUCACGGUGAGUGUGGAGGACAUCAAGGUGCUGCUGACCCAAGAGAACCCCUUCCUCAGCAAACUGGAGGACAGUGCUCAUGCUCAGGCCAAGAAAAUGGGAAUGGGCAGCAUCGUGUUAAGGUACCAGCCAAACCCAAACAACCCAGCGGAGCCCCAGUGUCCCAUCGAGCUGUGUGGCUGGAGGGGAAAGACGUCCAUCCGAGCCUUCGUCCCUCGCAAUGAGAGGUUCCAUUACCUCCGAAUGCUGGGCGUGGAGGUCUUCAGGGACAAACAAGGGCAGGGCCAAGGAAGGAGGGAUGCAGAAAAGGAAGGCAAGGAAGGAGGGGAGGAGGAGGAAAUCGAGGCAGAGAAGGAGGAGGAGUCUCAAGGAGCCGCAGAAAACGAGGGAGAGUUGGACUUGAAGAACGGUGAUCAAGAUGGAUCAUCAGAACCAAAGACCAACGGUGGCAACCAAGGGACUAGCAGCUGAGGGAAAACAGAGAGGUGGACUGACUAAUGAAGUAGAAGAGCUGGAAGAGCUGGAGCCGUGUUGGCUGGGCCAGGAUAAGAUCAGAUAUUGGACAGAGGAGAGGAGGGGCGGCUUGAAGUGGGUCUUUGUUCACCACACUGCCAUAAGCAGAUAGAAAUCCCCUCCAGAGUCGGCUGUUGAGAUCUUUCAGGUUCAGAUCGGUUUGAGGAGUCGACAUUUUAGUUAAGUGACUUAUCUUAUUUUGUAUAGGUGUUUUUUAUGUUCAUUUUAACCAAAUAAUUCCACUAUUAAAGUGGCUAAACAGUUUUUUGUUUCUAUUGUGCAUGGAGGUUUGUAUUGGUUGCCAUCUCAUUUUUCUAUACCUGUAAUUAAGAGGAAAUAGAGAGUUCAUUAAAAGGAUACAUUACAUUAA